GCCAUGCAUCUGGGGUUUACAGUUGUAUUCCUCUUCGUUGGAUCAUGACUUAAUUUUGGUAAACAUAAUCAGGCUAAUGAAUGGUGCUUUUCAAAAGGUUUUAGUUUAUGUGAAGUUAAGUAAAAACAGUUGGGAUGGGAAGACUAUGACAUAUUUUUCAUUGAUGUAAAGUGUUACAAACAGUUUUUAGUUAUCGUUAAUUUUCGUUCUUCCUUCCUGUGAAACCCAUUAUGUACGUAGAGGUUUAUCAACAUCCCAAGCAUUUAUAAACAUUGCUUAAUUUCUAGACGCCAUCACAAAUAUACGUGCCAUGAAUGCUACUGCCUUAAACAACACCCAAAGUUUCCGGAGAUCUGUUCCGUUUACCUUGGAAUCAUUGUCAGAAAGGAGAGUCUAUAUAAAUAUUCCAUCUAUAAUAUAUACAUUUAUAUUACUGUUUAUCGGCAUACCAGGCAAUGCCACCGUCUUCUACAUCUAUUUUACAAGAUGGAAGAAAAGUUCUACUCGUGUAUUUAUCAUUGCCCUUGCAAUAUUGGAUUUGACAAACUGUACAUUGACAUUCCCAUUUGAGUUGGCACAUAUGUUCAACCCUUUUAACUUCGAUUUUCCCGUAUUGUGUAAGUUAUUUCGUUUCACUACUUACACUUGUAAUAGUGGCGGGGCUUUAUUGCUAAUUGCUAUCGCCGUAGAUCGCCAUAUGAGGAUUUGUAAACCGUAUAAAAAGCCAAUGAACCCAAAGAUAGCCAAACUGAUAUCAAUCGUAAUUAUUGUGACGUCUGUCGCCACGUGUUGGCCAUCUCUGAUAAUAUACGGCAUAGAAGUUCGGCCCAUUACACCAACGAUCGAACUGAAAUUCUGCUUGAUUGAAACUGGAUAUCGUGACACUCAAUACCCAUUGGCAUAUCUUCUUGUUCAGUGCGCAUGCACUAUAGUUAUAUUUAUAGUUUUAGUGGUAAUUUAUUCCAUAAUUGGCGCCCAAGUAUGCCGUCGUUGGAAGUUUCGGACGACAUCGUUAAAGUCCGUGGGCGAUGGUGACGAUGGAGUAAUUGCUGAUAUUUCGUCUAUUAAUUGCAAUGAUAAAGAUGACAGCGUUUGGAAAGACGACGAGGAAAAGGACAAUAAUUCCUCCCUUGUAAACGAAAAUGAGCCGAAACUGAAACCGAAUGUAGCUAGACUCCCAUAUUUAUCCCAAUCAUCAACCAUGCUAAAGAAGAAAAAAGUGUUUGACUCUCGGGCGAUACGUAUCGGGAAAACAACAAUCAUGUUAUUUGUGGUUACCAUUGCGUACAUUCUUUGUUUCUCGCCAUUCUUAGGGUUAGCCAGUCAUCGAUCGAUUUAUCCAGAACGAUGGUUGAAUCUAUCUCAGGCCGGAGAAACACUUUAUCAAUUUUUCUUGCGAUCCUACUUAGCAAACUGUGCUAUCAAUCCAAUCAUAUACUCUUACUUUAACCGGAUAUUCCGACAGGAGUGUGUCAAGUUUUACCGGAAACUCUUCUGUACAAAACAAGACGUUUAUCAACCUUAAUUAUAUGAUAGGUUAUGUAUAAAAUAUUCUGAGGUUGAAAGUUUAUAUACGCAAUAGUACGGAAAUUUCAACUUCUGACGUUAAUAUUUGCGUUUGAAUGUCUGUUAACGACAUUGAACUUCAGUAAAAAUAACACGAACACGGGCAUAUGUGUUUUGAUUAUAAACAUAUUUGUUUACACUGGUGGUAAACAGAAAUGCAAAAUGAGAUACCAAGGAGCUAGUUAUAAAACAGAAGGAAGAUAAUUACAACCUAUUGUUGCUUAGUUCGUUCAUUUGGAGUGAUUGUAUAAAUUGUAAUAAUAUUUUAAACAAGUUUGAAAAAGACAAAACCUUAAUCAUGAAAACCGAUGAAAUAGCUGCCACGGAUUCUCAGUGUUUUUCAGUAUUAAUUACUGGAAGAUACUAGACGAGCAUCGAGAUGACUGCUUCAGGGAAUACGUCCGGUUAUCAAGAACACAAUGCAAUUCAAAAUUACCAUGAAUAAACAUAAAAAACAUGAUUAAAAUACUUUGUAUGAAAGCUCAUGUUUAGAUAUUUGAAUAUUAUAAAACCUACAUUAUGUCAUAUGCUGCAGACACCAAUGAUACAUAGACGUUCAUUUGUAAACCAUCUAUGGUAGAAUUUACGACUGUAAGAUUUCGAGCAAACAAUGAUGUUGUCUUGAAAUGGUAUUUUGAUAGAAUUACAUAUUACUCUUUAUAU